AUGGCCCACAUGGUCCUUUCCUUGAUCACGGAUCCUUUGCGAACUGUUUUUGCGAUCAAUGUGAUGGUCAUCAUAUUCCGUUUUACACUUGCAAGAGUGAAAAUUGUAAAAUUAAAUGUCCUCCUCAUACUAGAAAAUGUUCUAAAUAAUUCUAUUUCUUCUGGAAAAUCUUCAAUAAAUAAUUCUGUGAAUUCUAUUUCUUCCGAAAAAUCUUUAAUAAAUAAUUUUGAGAAUUCUAUUUCUUCUGAAAAGUCUUUAAUAAAUAAAUCAUCUGAUUUUGCCAUUGAUAAAGAUUUACCAGAAAUCUGGAACAAUUUCUGGUCAAAAUUUCUUGGAUAA